AUGAACAUGAAAGCGUUGAUAUUGCUCGUUUGUCUUGGGUGGUUGAGCGCACCCAUAUGUAGCAGUGUUGUUAGUACAAUUGCAACAACUUCUAGUCCGAAAGUCACGACGCUUGCGACGGUUUUAAGCAAUUCCACUGCGACCACUUUACUGCCAACUGGGACAACCACUACCGAGGCGAGUUGUACAGCGAAUAAUGGAACUUGUGGAAAUGUUACAACGUCUGCACCGAAUGUUAAAGGGUCAAGUCGUAAAGAAAAGUGGAAGAACGAACCUAUGCAACCCAGCUAUUAUAAGUUUAAAAUGAGCAACAGAAGUGACUGCGACUGCGAUUUACGUAAUCGGUUUUGCGAUAUAAACUGCUGUUGUGACAAAGAUUGUUCCUUGGAAAAUAAGCAAGUAUUUAGUUUCUGCCAAGAUUCAAUUAACUUACCUCGCCCAAAUUCAAGAUAUUGUAAUUAUAUGCAGUACAUUUACAACAAUCGCACUUUAUAUGAAGAAGAAGUACAUCAAAAUAGUUUGUUCUGCAUUGCUAAAACUAACUUACCGGCCCAUUAUUACAAACAAAAGAAAAAGAUAAUUCUACAACCAUUGCAUGCAAAUAUUGUGAUAAAAGAAAGUUCUUCUUAUCAGUGGUCUAAUGCCCAAAAUUAUGAAGAAAACUUUUUAGAAAAGAAUGGAAAUUUAACAAAUCAUACAGCCGUGUUUGGGGAUUCAAUUUACGUGUUAAAGAAUUAUUCAAAUCCACAAAACCUGGAAUUGGUGGCCAACUUUAUAACUCCCGAUUGUACAACUACUAAGCCAGUACAUUACGUACAAAAUUUAAAAACAACUUGCAGGCAAACUCUAACCGAACACAACUCUCAAUUGUUUCUCCGUUAUUUCAAAUCAAACUGGACAACAAUUGCAUCGUUACGAUUCCUAAACAUUUCUCUUCAGAACUACGAGGGCUGUCCCAAAAAUGUGUGCAUACCAUUCAACCUGAAGCAAUGCAAUUUGUACACCUGUUGGAAUCUCUCCAAUACCACAACUUCAGCAUGCACGACAAAGAUGUGCACCAAUAUAGUGACCAAAGUGAAAUACACGUUUGUUCAUAAUGGCACUCACGGCAUCCAGGGAGCAGAUUUAAGCCUAACACUAGAAAAUAUUACGCUUCCCACAUCAUCUAUUGACCAAGAAUAUGAAGUUAAAUUUCUGUGGAUUAACCAAACAGAAUUUAACUACACUAAUUAUCGUAGCGGAAAUCCAGGUUACCAGAUUAACAAACCCAUACUAUUCGCUAAACUGAUUACGGUUAUAAAUGCGACAACAAACUCUACCACCAACAAGACGAUUUACCAGAAAACGCAGUAUUUAAAACGCCCUGCACUGAAUUACAUUGAAAACUUUUUAGUAUUGCCUAAAAACGUUCAGGGUAAAUGUUUACUUUCCCCUUUUCUCUAUGAAAAUCUUAAUUUUGGUUACAACAUGUUAACAAAAUGCAUCCACGGUCAAGGGUUUGUUAAGGUAGCAAACACCACUGCAAAUGACACUUGCUGGUUAUUACAGAACAAUAUUCUAGCGUAUUGGUCUUUAGAUGUGGAUCAGAAGCAACACAAAAAUACCACCAGUAAUACAACCUUUGGUUAUUUUGGAAAUGCGCAAAACGAGAAUUUGAAGGACUGGGGCCAUUUUCUUUUCGACAUGUUUCCUGAAGAAUUGCUUAACAAAACUUACGGCCAGGAUAUUGACAACAAUAGCAUUGCGUGCCAAAAUAUAAGCACUGGAAUUAAAUAUAAUGUAUUUUACGAGCGAGUUGAGCACGAACAGAACCGAAUUUCAGCUAUUUACGUUGAGUUUGUUCACUUACACCGCGUAGAUUUGCAUGUUAUAAAUGGUAAUGUGUUUACCGAUGUCGCAUUGCAUAGUGAAGUAAUGUUUUAUGAUGUUACUGGUGUUCGGAAUAGGAAAUAUGUUGAUCCACCUUCAUUAGAUAUCAAAUUGCCCCAUGAUUUCUUUUAUCCGUUUAUAAAAGUUGAAAAUCGAGCUUUGAGUAUAUCAAGUUGUUCUGUGAACAUUAUUUUUGUAUUGAGCGUGCUGGUUAAAGCGUAUUAUACAAACUUCAUGUUUUAAACAUUAUUUAGGGUUUCACAAACUGUAACUGUUUAUUUAGCUUAAUGGUUUUCAAAUAAAGCAUGUGUGUGAAAAUA